AUCAAGCUAUAUAUAAUCACCACUUUGAAUCACCCAAGGCAAUAAACCAAACCAAAACAUCCUAAGAAAAAAAAAACAGAGAGAAUUUGAUCUUAAAGCUUUUUUUUUAAUAGAGUAAAAGAUGUUUUCAGAUCACUUACCUUCUUCUUCAUCUCAAGUCUUCCAAGAACACUUCAUCGACAGUUUCGUCUCCAGAAAAUUGCUUCAGCAAAUCCCAUUUGCUCACAACGCUCAACAAGCUCAUGUACCUGAUAAGAACAACUUGAGCGGCAAUGUUCUCAUGCUGCUCUCUAUCCUUUUGUGCGGUAUCAUCUGCUCCCUCGGGUUGCAUUACAUAAUACGUUGCGCAUUCAGACGUUCUCGAAGUUUCAUGAUCUCUGAUCCUAUCUCUAUCCCAUCCACACCAAGAGAUUCAUCAGUAAACAAAGGGGUCAAGAAGAAAGCUCUCAAGAUGUUCCCAGUUGUGAAUUACUCACCUGAGAUUAACCUGCCAGGGCUUGGUGAAGAGUGUGUCAUCUGCUUGUCUGAUUUUGUUGCUGGAGAACAGCUACGUCUGCUUCCCAAGUGUAACCACGGGUUCCACGUUCGCUGCAUCGACAAAUGGCUUACGCAACAUAUGACUUGUCCGAAAUGCAGACACUGUCUGGUUGAUACAUGCCAAAAAGUCUUAAGUGACUGCGAUGCAGCUGAUCAAGUGGCAGCAACAUCAACGGAGAGCAUAGAUAUCAGAAUUGCUCCUCUAGAACCUGAAGCAAGAGUAGCCACUUUUAGAUAAAGCAGCUAGAGUAUGCCAACAAAACAAUCAUAAUUGCAAAAUUUGGCUCUCCAGCAAGAUUAUAGCUUUUUUUAGACUUAAACACAAUUUAUGUCCCUAGCCAUAGGAUAUCAAAAUCAAACACACCAGAGUUUUUUUUUUGCCUUUUGUUGUGCCUAAAGCCCAAAGUGUACAGAGAAUAUACCUUAAGCUUUCUG